AUGGGAUUAGACGGCGCCGACGAUGAUGUAUCAGAGACACAACAACCACAACAAGAAGAGAAGACGAAUGGACAAUCACAGAGCAAUGAAGAGACACAAAAUCCCAGCGACAGCUUCAAGCUGAAAUUCUGUACCGUCUGCGCGAGCAACAAUAAUCGCUCAAUGGAAGCCCACCUUCGCCUCACCACCGCCCAACCAACCCCCUACCCCACCAUCUCCUUCGGCACGGGGUCCCUCGUCCGCCUCCCCGGCCCCUCCAUCUCUCAACCCAACGUCUACAAUUUCAACUCGACCUCCUACGCCUCCAUGUACGACGAACUCGCCUCCAAAGACCGACGCCUCUACUCCGCCAACGGAAUCCUACCCAUGCUCGAACGCAAUAAAAACGUCAAAUUCGGACCGGAGAGGUGGCAGGAUUGGCGGGUCGGCGUACCUCGGACGGAAUGGGGGGACGAUAAAGGCGCAAAGGGAACAGAGGCGGGGACGGUGGAUGUGGUCAUCACGUGUGAGGAGCGAUGUUGGGAUGCGGUCGUCGACGAUCUGCUUACUCGUGGGAGUCCGCUGAACAGACCUGUUCAUGUGUUCAAUGUGGACAUCAAGGAUAAUCACGAGGAAGCGCUGGUGGGCGGGCGGGCGAUUUUGGAACUGGCGGAUAAGUUGAAUGAGGUUGCGGUGGAGGAGAGGGAGGCUUAUGUCAAGGGCGGAGGGAGGGGAUUCGAGAAUGGAGAAGGGAGGAGUGGGUUUGAUGAGAGGGUACCGGAUGUGCUCGCGGAGUGGCAGGAACGGUGGCCGAAUUUGCCGGCGCUGUGGACGCUGGCUUGGUUCUGA